UGUAUUGUCCCCCCCUCCAUAUCAUGUGAUUCAGGUGUUCCAAUCCCCUCCAUAUCAUGUGAUUCAGGUGUUCCAAUCCCCUCCAUAUCAUGUGAUUCAGGUGUUCCAAUCCCCUCCAAAUCAUGUGAUUCAGGUGUUCCAAUCCCCUCCCAAUCAUGUGAUUCAGGUGUUCCAAUCCCCUCCAAAUCAUGUGAUUCAGGUGUUCCAAUCCCCUCCAUAUCAUGUGAUUCAGGUGUUCCAAUCCCCUCCAAAUCAUGUGAUUCAGGUGUUCCAAUCCCCUCCAUAUCAUGUGAUUCAGGUGUUCCAAUCCCCUCCAUAUCAUGCGAUUCAGGUGUUCCAAUCCCCUCCAAAUCAUGUGAUUCAGGUGUUCCAAUCCCCUCCCAAUCAUGUGAUUCAGGUGUUCCAAUCCCCUCCAUAUCAUGCGAUUCAGGUGUUCCAAUCCCCUCCAAAUCA